AUUAAUUACGACGAAAUAAGUUUUGUUGUACCUUAAAAUUCGCUGAUUAAAAAUGGUAAAAAAGACAAGUUUUCAACCAGUGAAGCCUCUAGACAGUCCUAAGUAUGCUGAUCUUGAUGAUAUCAGCCGGUGCGUUCAUUUCGACGACUUCGAGGCAGCCGCCCGCACGAAGAUGCUCGUGCCGCAACCGCUCACCAACAGACAACAGUAGCGUGCUCGUGUUGUGGUUCGCUCCAUCACAGUCAAGCUCCAAACACAAUUUCUACGGCAACGUUAGCUUCACCAUCAAGUGGGAGGCCGUGCAACAGAAAUUAGGGCCGAACCUGUACCUAAUCGACCAGGCCAUUUAUAAAGCAAGAAGUUACACACGGGUUGUGUUCACAAAAAAUAAUUAUGAUUCAAUGUUGAAGAAAGUUGACUUGAAUUCUGAAGAUUCCCCCAUGACAAAAUCCUGGUCUGGUUUCCGCCACGCUUCGCAUUGCACGAACAAAGUUCGCUGGGGUCCUCUCGAGCUGCAGAUCGCAAUCGAAGUGGACGAUGAUAUAGUCAAGUGGCUUUAUAAUAACUGUAAAGCGAUUGCGAACAACCAUUCUCUUGCGAACACUCCAAGCGAUGGGGAACACAAUAGGCGAGACGGGAAGGAAUCCAAAUUCCAGUCUUAUAAAUGUUUCAAAUUCAAUACGGCCCAAAAUAGUGCGUGUCCUUACCAAUGGAAUAUACGUGAGUGUAAAGUGAACAUGAAGACUUUAUUGGCGACAGUUAAUCCAGAAAUAAGCCAUUCCGGCAUGGGACUUAGUUCGUUUUCAACCUUUGCUGCACCAAUUUCAGUUCCGGUCCAAAGUUCCAAACGUACACCUUCGAGUCAUACUGGAACUUCUCCACUACCUACAGUUCAACACUCUGAAACAAUUUCACCACGAACUCUUCCAACUCCUGCUGUAAAAUCCAAACGUACUCAUUUAGAUCGAGUUAAAAUUCCUUCAGAAAAUUAUUCUGCUUGUCUUGCGACUUCACCGAACAUACUUUCAACUCUUGCUAUAUCUUCAGAGCGUCCAGCUCCAAGACCCAGGGUGAAGAAGGGCUGGAAUUCAUAUAUAUUGCCGGCAGCAAUAGCAGUGGCUGUAUUUCUGGCAAAAAGAAGCUUCUUUAAACAGUUUUAUCGAGCAAUCCUUGCAAGAAUAGGCAAUUCCAGAAAUGAAUUGUUCUCCAAUGCUCAUCAUCACAAUCAUGCAUGUGGCAUUGCGGGGCUCACAGAAAUAGGCAAUUCCAGAGUUGAAUUGUUCUCCAAUGCUCAUCAUCAUAAUCAUGCUCAUGGCAUUUCGGGGCUCACAGAAAUUGGCAAUUCCAGCGUUGAAUUGUUCUCCAAUGCUGAUCAUCACAAUCAUGCUCGUGGCAUUUCGGGGCUCAGUGGCAUUUUCCAUCGUUUAUGCAGUCACAUAGACGCACAAUACUAUAUUGGCAAUAUUCUGUUUUGCGCAAUAGUAUUGAGCGCCUGUGGGCCAUGUCUAGUGGCAUUUUUCAUCGCUUAGGCAGUCACAUAGACGUACAAUACUAUAUUGGGCAAUAUUCUGUUUUGCGCAAUAGUAUUGAGCGCCUGUGGGCAAUACUUAGUGGCAUUUUCCAUCGUUUAGGCAGUCACAUGGACCCACAAUACUAUAUUGGGCAAUAUUUUGUUUUGCGCAAUAGUAUUGAGCGCCUGUGGGCCAUACUUAUAAGUGGCAUUUUCCAUCGUUUAGGCAGGCACAUGGACCCACAAUACUAUAUUGGGCAAUAUUUUGUUUUGCGCAAUAGUAUUGAGCGCCUGUGGGCCAUAUCUAAUCGUUGCGCAGCAUAUAUUGUGUCAUUUUUCAACUUCGAAUAUAUGCUGCACCAACUAUAUAAUAUUUUGCGUCUGUAGGGGCCAUGUUGCACCAUUUUCCGUAGUUAGUCUUUAGCGGUCUAUCAAUUGAUGCCUAACAAGAAGCAAACAAUUUAAAAAACAUUCAGCGAAUGUGACGUACUUUUUCAAUGUGACUGGUUAGAAAAUAUGAACUUGAAUAAGAGUCCAAAGUUACCUUUCGUUGUACAGAAAUAUCUACGGAAAAUAGAUUUUAUAAGUUCAUUAGAAAUGAAUUUCUCGGAUAACUGUGCACGAAGAGAAAUGUAACGAUUGUAUACUUUCACAAACUUGUAAAUAGGCUCUGCAAUGCGAAAAAAUGGAAAAUAUUAAAUUUUAAGAUAAUUUUCUGCAUUACGGUAUACAGAAUCAUCCAUGAGUCAUUAGAAAUAAUAGAGAGCGUGUAUGGAAUUUGGUUUACGACCACAGUUACAGUCCGGUAAUGGGUAAAACUCUGACGGCUGAAUUUUUAAUUUUUUUUUAAUCUCUGUUUUCCCGGCAUAACGACGGAUGUUUGCGUACUCUUAAAUUGGUACAUAAAUUAUGGAAAAAAUAUAUUUCCGCUUUAUUCAUGCUAAUUUGGAGCUCAAAUUAACAGAAAUUCGUUUAUUGUUUAAUCCAACAUGGUAGAGAUGACUUCAACGGUUAAUUAUAAUAAUAUAAAAAUUAUAUUC